AUGUGUCCCAAAGCCACCUCCGCCCCCAAGCCCACCGCCGGCAAGCCGCUGCACAAGUUCUACAUUGACUACUCGGUCCCCGCUGCCGACAAUGUCUUUGACCCCGCCGCGUUUGAAAAGUUCUUGCAGGACAGGAUCAAGGUUGAGGGGAAGCUCGGGCAGUUGGGGGAGAACAUCACCGUUGGACGGGAGGGCAACAAGCUCGUCCUUACUUCAUUGAUCCCUUUCUCCAAGCGAUACCUCAAGUACCUUACCAAGAAGCACCUCAAGAAGAACUCGUUCGAGAACUUCCUCCGUGUCGUCGCUACCUCCAGGGACACGUACUCGCUCCGAUACUUCAAGGUCGACCAGGACGAGGCUGAGGAUGAGGAAUAG